CUCACUCGCCGGAUAUUACCUCACCUACAGCAUGGCGGAGGCAGCUGGCUACGCCAAGGACAGUGAUUCGUGCGAGAAAUGCGUAUGCGACAAGGGUGGAAAGGAGGUCGAGGACCUGGUGCCGGAUGUGAAGUUCCAGUACACACCAAUGUUUCAGCAUGCCCACCCUGUGGACGUUCCCUACAAGAAAGUGGAGUCCUUGAGUGCCGGUGUGACCACUGAGGAGGUCAAGGUUGCUGGAAUGGCCAAGAAGCUCAUCACAGUGGAGCCUUGGGUCUUGCGGCAACUUGCAGAGCAUUGCAUUACUGAAAUCAGUCACUUUCUUCGACCCGGCCACUUGGGGCAGCUGGCAAAGAUUUUGACAGACCCGGAGGCUUCCCAAAACGAUCGCUUCACUGCGCAUAACCUGCUCCAGAAUGCAGUGAAAGCGAGUGGAGGUCAACUCCCAGGAUGUCAGGACACAGGUACUGCCAUUGUCAUGGGAAAGCGGGGAAUGACAGUCUUCACGGCUGGAGAUGAUGACGAGCAGCUCUCACAUGGUGUCUAUGAUGCCUACACGAAGAGGAACUUGCGAUACUCGCAGAUGGCCCCUGUGACCAUGUUCGCAGAAAAGAACACCAAGUGCAACCUGCCAGCACAGGUGGACCUUUUGGCAACUUCAGACCCAAAGUACGAGUUCCUCUUCAUGGCGAAGGGUGGUGGCUCCGCGAACAAGACCUACCUGUACCAACAGACCAAGGCGCUGCUGAAUCCCAAGAAGCUGGAGGCCUUCAUCAAAGAAAAACUGCAGACGCUGGGCACCAGUGCUUGCCCGCCGUACCAUGUUGCAUUGGUCAUCGGAGGGACCUCAGCAGAGGCUUGCUUGAAGACAGUUAAGCUGGCAAGUGCGAGGUACUAUGAUGACCUGCCAACCUCUGGCAGUGAUAGUGGAAGGGCCUUCCGUGACCUGGAAUGGGAGGACAAGGUGUUGAAGAUUUGCCAAGAUCUGGGUGUUGGUGCCCAAUUUGGUGGAAAGUACUUCGCCCAUGACGCACGUGUGGUGAGACUUCCACGGCACGGAGCUUCAUGCCCUGUUGGUCUUGGCGUCUCCUGCAGCGCUGAUCGGCAGAUCCUGGCCAAGAUCACGGCAGAUGGCGUUUUUGUGGAGGAAUUGGAACACAAUCCAGCGCAAUACCUGCCAUCAGGACCCGUUGAAGGUCUUUCUGAUGAGGUGGUCUCUAUCAGCUUGCAGCAACCUAUGAAAGAUAUCCUGGGUGUGUUGACCAAGUACCCCAUCAAGACACGGGUAUCACUCACAGGUCCCCUCAUCGUGGCCAGAGACAUUGCUCAUGCCAAAAUCAGCGAGAUUUUCGAACAGACCGGGAAGCUUCCGCAGUAUGUCAAGGAUCACCCCAUCUACUAUGCUGGACCUGCUAAGACCCCCGCAGGCUUCGCCUCUGGCUCCUUUGGUCCUACCACUGCCGGAAGAAUGGAUACUUAUGUUCCUAUGUGGCAACCCCAUGGAGCAUCUUUGGUGACCCUCGCAAAGGGCAAUCGUUCUAAGCAGGUCACUGAUUCCUGCAAGCAAUACGGGGGCUUCUACUUGGGCAGCGUGGGUGGAGCAGCUGCGGUGCUGGCAGAAGAUUGCAUCAAGAAGGUGGAGGUGCUGGAGUUCCCCGAGCUGGGCAUGGAAGCGGUAUGGAAGAUCGAGGUGGAGAAUUUCCCUGCUUUCAUUCUGGUUGACGACAAAGGCAACGAUUUUUUCGCUAACUGGAACAUGUGAAGUCUUCAGGAGCAAGUGAGGAGUGUGCUAUUUUGCCUUGACAAGUGACCAGAUGGUAUUGAGGAGUAAUUUUGUGCUCUUUGGAGCACUUUUAAGGUGUGUGCCACAGCACCACCUGACUGUCGUACUUGGCUGUUGAAGUCUUUCUGCGUCUCAGCCGGGUGCCAGAGACAGUUUCGUUUAAUCUUUUUCCGCUGCUAGCAGCUCGCCCUUUCCCAAUCGGUUUGCGGUGAGCUGUUCACAGCUGGCCAGCAACAGACCCAAUGAGUAGCGCGAACUAAAGCCCCCUCAGCCAGGUGAGAAAAAGG